AUUGAAUUAUACGCACUAUGUAACUGCUGACUGAGUAGUUGCAAUUCUUGUCUCUCCUUCAAUGGGACAAUGUUACACGAAGCAUAAUAACAAACAUUUCUAAAUGUAUCUUCCUGUACGAAGUCCAGCUCGAAAAUGCUUUUUGGGUUCUUGGACUUAUGAUAGUUAAUGACUAGCAGAUAAUAACCCAUAUAGAACAAAAUCCAAAACAUAUGGCAAAGAUGUCUAAAGGACGUCUUGAUGUCUUUCAGUCAGUAAAUAAGCUACAUGUUGACUGUGAAAAAUGUAGCCUUUAAAGUGAAGUUUUUUAUUAUUUAGAAUAUUUAAAAAACAGUGCACAGCAAAAUGGGAAACAAAAGUGGCUAUUCUUUAUCUCGCCCCAGACUGUCCCGGCAAAAGGAUACGUACAGAGACGACGACUAUUGCGGAUGAUGCAGGCUGAAAAGGCAAAGCACUCUAAGCCACUGAAGAUGCUAAUGACAAAUGCAACUAUUUUGAUCAAUUUGUCGAAUCACCAAGUGACAAGAUAGAUACUGAAGAUACAAAAAUUGAUAUCUCAAUAAAGCAGUUCCUGGAUUCAACUUCAAAUACAAUGUCAGCAUCCACAGACAACAUACCAGAACCACAACUCUUCACACAUUCCAUCAUAAAUACUCAUCCAGUCGACAAAAUGUUAAAGAUGGAGUGUAUAGAAGAACCUCUGAGUGAAACACAGUUGUCCUCUACAAUGAAACUCGAAGAUAUGACAGAUUAUGACAGAGUUGCAGCUACCUUGGAACAACUAGUUGAGGAUUAUGGGGGUAAAUUGGUACGUCAAACUGGUGUCAUCAGUUAUGAAUACACAUUGCCUGCAAAUCAGACGGCGACUCCGACAAUAGUUCCAGACAAUCCUCAGAUCUCAAACGUUACUCAGCAAAAGGAGAAUUCGGCGCCAAUCAAACUGGAAAGCGAUAAUAUAAGUGAGCCUCAAGAAAAUGUUCAGCUGGAAAGCGAGCCAUGUGCAGGAGCUAACUUGGAACCUGUUACACAAACUCAAGGUACAACUACGACGACUACGUCCUCCGUGGCGUCCACCAAUACACAGACACAACAAAAAGAGAAUUACAUGUAUAACAAAUCUGGGCGUAAGAUAGAAAGAGUUAUUUAUGUGCGCCAACCUGAUGCCAUACAAAAGGUACGGAAAAGUUGGAAGGCUCAGCGGAAUCAGUCGAUUCAGAAACCUAUGGAACGGGCUAGUAUAGGAGGAAUAUCCGUCGGCAGCAAAAAAUUGCAGGUGGAAACGAAGAAUGCUUACAUUCUUGGGAUGUAGUCCAGUUGACACUGG